AGUUGACCAACGGAAUUCCACGCGCCACCACUGUAGAGCUGAGAAAGCUUCGUCCUUUAAAAUUCCUUCGCAGAAACCCAAUAAGUAGAGAAGUUUUUUUUUGUUUGAUCUGUAGAACCCAAUUCUACUUUUCCAAAUCAGAGAGAGAGAGAGAAGAAGUGCAAACAAAGGAAGAAAAAUGCACGAUUUCUGCUUCACGAUCCCGUACGGGCUAAUUCUGGUGGCAGGAGGAGUCAUUGGCUAUUUGAAGAAAGGGAGCAUGGCAUCAUUAGCUGGGGGAGUGGGCACUGGAUUGCUUCUUAUCUUGGCUGGGUAUUUGAGUCUCAAGGCUUUUGAGAAGAGAAAGAACUCAUAUUUCGCUUUGGCCAUCGAAACCGUUUGUGCGGCAGUACUGACAUUUGUGAUGGGACAGCGUUACAUGCAAACGUCGAAGAUUAUGCCUGCUGGUAUUAUUGCUGUGAUAAGUUCUCUCAUGACUUUGUUUUAUGUGUACAAAAUUGCAACUGGCGGCAACCACAUUCCAUCCAAGGCUGAGUGAUAUAGCAUUGAGGAAUUGCAUACCACUAAUUUCACAAGAUCAAAUGUAUUGAAACACAGAAAUUCAGAUGUUUGUAUUUGGAAAAUUUUAAUUCCUUGAACAAAUUUGUACCAACAUUUAUGUCCUUACUAGUUUUGUGUAUGGAACCAACACUACAUUGUUUGUCUCCCUGAAAGUAAAUGACAGUGGAAAUCUGAUCUUUCCUGGGUUUUAUAACCCACAUUAUGCUCAAAAAA